GCCGCCGCCGCCGCGGGGACGCGGGCGUUUCUCCGCUGCCGGGGCGGUGGGGUCCGGCUGCGGCCCCGAGCCGUGGCGGCGGCGUCCGCCGUGAGAGCGCCCCCUCCCCGGGGAGGGGGUACAGCGCCAGCCGCUUCAGGCGGGAAGGAGGAGGAGGAGGCGGCGGCGGCGGCGGCCGGGCUCGGCGGUGCGGCCUCCGCGCCCUGCCCGUCCGGAUCAGCCCGGCCCCGCCUGCUCCCGGUCGCCGCCGGGUGGGCGCUGAGCUCCCGCGGCGCGAUGUCGGCGCGGCGGCGGCGGCGGGCGGCCGCCGAGGAGGAGGAGGAGGAGGAGGAGGAGGCGGCGGAGGCGGGGAGCGACAAGGAAGUGGAUUUGGAAGAAAGACUUGGCGAGUUGGAUCUUAGAAUUGAUUCAGAUGUUCCCGAUGUUCCUCCACCGACAGACAGCACUCCAGAAAUCCUCAAAAGGGCUUUGUCGGGCUUAUCUGCCAGAUGGAAAAAUUGGUGGAUUCGUGGAAUUCUCACUCUAGCUAUGAUUUCUGUGUUUUUUCUGAUCAUAUACCUGGGAUCGUUUAUGCUGAUGCUUCUGGUCUUAAGCAUCCAAGUGAAGUGUUACCACGAAAUCAUUACUAUAGGUUACAGAGUCUACCACUCGUAUGAUUUACCAUGGUUUAGAUCCCUCAGCUGGUACUUUUUGCUCUGCGUGAACUACUUCUUUUACGGAGAGACUGUAGCUGAUUACUUUGCUACGUUUGUUCAGAGAAGAGAACAGCUUCAAUUCCUAAUUCGUUACCACAGGUUUAUAUCUUUUGCACUCUAUUUAACGGGCUUCUGCAUGUUUGUUUUGAGUUUAGUGAAGAAACAUUAUCGUCUGCAGUUUUACAUGUUCGCAUGGACUCAUGUCACUUUGCUGAUCACUGUAACUCAAUCUCAUCUUGUCAUCCAAAAUCUCUUUGAAGGCAUGAUCUGGUUUCUGGUUCCCAUUUCAAGUGUCAUCUGCAACGAUAUUACUGCUUACAUUUUUGGAUUUUUCUUUGGCAGAACACCAUUAAUUAAGCUGUCUCCCAAGAAGACCUGGGAAGGGUUCAUUGGAGGCUUCUUUUCCACAGUUGUAUUUGGAUUUAUUUUUUCCUAUUUUUUGGCUCAACAUCAAUACUUUGUCUGCCCCGUGGAAUAUAACAGUGAAACCAACAGAUUUGUGACAGAGUGUGAACCUUCAGAGCUCUUUCAGAUGACGAAGUACUCUGUGCCACCGUUGCUUCAGGCUGUGUUGGGAUGGGAAACUGUGAAUAUGUACCCAUUUCAGAUGCACAGCGUUGCAUUGUCAACGUUUGCCUCGUUAAUUGGGCCAUUUGGAGGAUUCUUCGCCAGUGGAUUUAAAAGAGCUUUCAAAAUCAAGGAUUUCGCAGACACAAUCCCUGGGCAUGGUGGGAUAAUGGAUCGCUUUGAUUGUCAGUACCUGAUGGCCACUUUUGUUCAUGUCUAUAUCACCAGUUUCAUAAGGGGUCCAAAUCCCAGCAAAUUACUGAAACAGCUGUUGAUACUUCAGCCUGAGCAACAAUUAAGUGUGUAUAAAACCCUGAAAUCUCACCUUAUUGAAAAAGGGAUCCUGCAGCCAUCUCUGAGAGUGUAGUUUGUCAAAAUGGAGGACUAGAAGAGACCUCCAUUUACAGGAAGCCUGUGGAAAAGCAUUGCUGAUGUGCAUAUAGGUAACGGCUAAAGGAAGAGUUAUUUGUGGUUUAGCAGAGGUGAAUGUUUCCUGAAAUGAAUGUGAAUGCUCUGACUUCCUAUUAGGACACAGAAGAUCUCUUACUCAUAAAAUAAUUGAAGUGCUUGCAAAGUAACAGCACAUGUGCUGUAUAUUUUAGUUCCUGAAGUGGAUGGCAGCAGUCUGCAGCACCCAGCCUGACAGGUUUGGUAUUUAAAAAACCCUUCCAAAAUAAAGUUUACCAUUAGUUUUUAAUGAUUAUUUAAUGUUGUAUAUCUU